AUGGGUAUAUAUUAUCUGAUUUUGAAUUCAAAGUUUCUUUCACCUAGAGUUAUCUAUUUAUAUAUCUAUCUAUAUAUCCUAUUUUCUUCCAUAUUCUAUCUAUCUAUGGCCACAACGCUAUCUGUGUACCUCAUUCUGUUAACAUCUAUCUAUCUAUCUAUCUAUCUAUCUAUCUAUCUAUCUAUCUAUCUAUCCCAUUUUCUACAAUAUCUAUCUCAUUCUCACGUUAACUCGUUUACACGGCACUCGCAAUUACAAUGCUUUCGGUACUUUGCGUCUAUUUCGUUCCGUUUUAUAUUGGCUCGUUCUCUCCCUUCCUGCAAAGUGUCUCUCACUGUUGGUACUUACUCCUUCGCGUAUUCUUACGUUCGACAUUUGGGCCCAGUUGUUGCAACAGCGGACCUCAUGAAAUCGAGUUCUGAAAUCUCUUCACAAAUAUCAUUCGGAGAAUCAAUUCUUCACCUUCUUCUUGUGGCAUGUCUUGAGAGUUUUAACCUCGCUCUCCGGGUACGCUAUCUAUCUAUCUAUCUAUCUAUCUAUCUAUCUCAGUCUCUUCUAAUUUAUUUAUCUAUCUGUUGUUCGCUAUCUAUCUAUCUAUCUAUCUAUCUAUCUAUCUAUCUAUCUCAUUCUGCUUCUAUCUAUCUAUCUAUCUAUCUCAGUCUCUUCUCACUUAUUUAUCUAUCUGUUGUAACCUAG